CGUCCUUUUGUAACUGUCAUCAACUGUGAGUUGCGCAUGCGCUUGUUUCACUUCCGGCUUUGCCAACGGUCACACAUGCGCAGUUAUAGAGAGGGAGUCGCAAACGGAUGUUAUGAGGACAAUGGAUUGAGUUUCCUUUCUGGAGGGUCCUGAACAAAUCACCAUGGCUGGGGGCUGCUGUGCCCUACGGACGUUUGUGAGGAAUAAUCCACCGAUGUUCUCUUUCCUACUGUGCUUGCUGAUUCUUGCUGUGACUGUUUUAGCCCUGUCAGUAUAUGUAGCGCUCACGGGUGAUAAAGAUGAGGCCGUCUCUGAGGACUGGCAAGCCCUGCUGUAUGGCAUUAGCUCACUGAUGGUUUGCCCCAUGGGUACGGUUACAGGAGUCACACCUUCCCCUCCUCUGGCUGAGCAUUCUGGGAAUAUCAGUACGGUGACCACUCUGGUCAGGUUGAAUAUGACUCCAUUUGACACGACCAUCUUGGACUCUGCUAUGUGGAUAUCUGUGACAGGCGCUAAGCUCGGACUGGGAGGUAGAGGGGCAAAUGCUAAUAUGAGCAUCACUGUAUUGCCGGUUAGUAGCAGAGAAGAAUGCAGUGGCACAGGCUGUUUAAGGAGAUACUGUGUCUCUAUCUCUGGGCCUAAAUCUAUGCUGCCUCAGACCAGAUCCCUACAGUGCCCUGUGACUGACACCAAAACCCAACUGCUGGCAGAGGUGAAGGUUAUGGACCAGGAAGCAACGCUCCCUUCCAACUGCUAUAGGAUAGUGUAUAAUGCCGACUCUACCAUGAAUGUCACCGUGUCCCAGGGGGACCGGUCCCUAUGUGCAAGGCGCCUGAUGUACAGCACCUUCUUUGUGAUGACCUCUUGCGCCAUCAUCAUCUUGGCCGUCAUGAUCUUUGUACCGGCUGGCGAGGACAUGAAGUCCAAGGAGCUCCUGUAACAGCGGCGGUGGGACUGUGCCACCACUCAGCCCUGUAUCUCUGUGGCACAAUAAAAUCACUAGUUUUAUACCUUA